UUCUACCUGCAAAGAGCUAACCAUAAAGCAGCAGCACUGCCACUGCAGGCCAUCAGAAAACAUUUUAGAAGGUCACACCUAAAGCCAGAAGUAACAGCCACUGUCAACUCCUGUACCAACGGUACAAAGGAACAGGGAUUAAGAAUAACUGACACUGCAAAAUGCUCUUCCAUCGAACAUUGGAUAAAUGUCCGAUUGCCGAGAGAAUUAGCAGUAACCUGUUUUCACAGAACACGAGGAGGAAGAAGAAGAGAUGUUUUCACCUCCAAAGACAGCAAGAGCAAUUAACAAUCCGAAGAGGCUGAAAUGGCAGUAAUAAGUACACCAACUAGGGUUAAGCAUAUGCAGAUGAUGACCCCAACCACACCUAAGCUGCUAGGCCACCACCUUCCUCUCAUCUUCCCAUCACUUAUUAAACUGCAUGCAGUAUCCUUUUCCUGAUUAAAAACUAAUUCACUCAAGCCAAGAUCCAAUCAAGCUUGUAUUUAGUGGCAGUACACUGUCACACACAGUACUGCAAGAUCAAAUCUGGUUUUUUUUUUCCGCAAAUGGCCAUUGCUUGGUGCUCAUUUGGAUCCAGAUCUCUUGUGCUUUCCUUGUAUAAACAAAUCAUGGGGUCUCCCCCUCUAAAUCCCAAUGCUUGUAGGAGACGCCACCUCACCAGCGAGCCAUCCAUCACAUUGCCGCCCCCUCGCCUCUCGUCAUCCACCCGCCCCAGCUUCGCCACCGAGGCGGAGGCGCGCGCCAAUGCCGCCGCGGUUCAACUCCGUCACAUUGAGGCUCGCGCUUCUCGUAUCGCUCGCCUGCGCGCUGCUGCUGAUCUCGCCGUGCCAUUGCGUCAACGAGCAGGGCCAGGUGCUGCUCCAAUGGAAGGACUCGCUGCGGCCGGCGGCCGGCGCGCUGGCGUCGUGGCGCGCCGCGGACGCGAGCCCGUGCCGGUGGUUCGGCGUGUCGUGCAACGCGCGCGGCGACGUCGUCGGGCUGAGCAUCACGUCGGUCGACCUGCAGGGCCCGCUCCCCGCGAACCUUCAGCCGCUGGCGUCGUCGCUGAAGACACUGGUGCUGUCCGGCACGAACCUCACCGGCGCGAUACCCAAGGAGUUUGGCGAGUACGGCGAGCUGACCACCGUUGACCUCAGUAAGAACCAGCUCACCGGCGCGAUCCCCGCCGAGCUCUGCUGGCUCGCGAAGCUCGAGUCGCUAGCGCUCAACUCCAACUCCCUGCGCGGCGCCAUCCCCGAAGACAUCGGCAACCUCACGAGCCUGACGUACCUCGCGCUCUACGACAACGAGCUGAGCGGGCCGAUCCCGGCGAGCAUUGGCAACCUGAAGAAGCUGCAGGUGCUCCGCGCGGGCGGGAACCAAGGGAUGAAGGGCCCGUUGCCGCCGGAGAUCGGAGGCUGCAGCGAUCUCACCAUGCUCGGCCUAGCGGAGACCGGCGUCUCCGGGAGCCUCCCGGAGACGAUCGGGCAGCUCAAGAAGAUCCAAACAAUUGCCAUCUACACCACUUUGCUCUCCGGCCGGAUCCCGGAGUCCAUUGGCAACUGCACCGAGCUCACCAGCCUGUACCUGUACCAGAAUUCUCUCUCCGGCCCGAUACCAGCGCAGCUCGGCCAGCUCCGGAAGCUGCAAACGCUGCUUCUGUGGCAGAACCAGCUUGUCGGCACGAUUCCGCCGGAGAUCGGGCAGUGCAAGGAGCUCACACUCAUUGACCUGUCGCUGAAUUCCAUCACCGGCAGUAUACCGGCGAGUUUGGGCGGGCUGCCUAAUCUCCAGCAGUUGCAGCUGAGCACGAACCAGCUGACCGGCGCCAUCCCGCCGGAGCUCUCCAACUGCAUGUCGCUGACGGACAUCGAGGUCGACAACAACGCGCUGUCCGGGGAGAUCCGCAUCGACUUCCCGAGGCUGCGCAACCUCACCCUGUUCUACGCGUGGAAGAACCAGCUCACCGGCGGCGUGCCAACUAGGCUCGCCGAGUGCCCGAGCCUGCAGGCGGUGGACCUGUCGUACAACAACCUCACCGGCCCGAUCCCGAAGGAGCUGUUCAGGCUCCAGAACUUAACGAAGCUACUGCUACUGAACAACGAGCUGUCCGGGUUCAUACCGCCGGACAUUGGCAACUGUACCAAUCUCUAUCGGCUCCGUCUCAACGGCAACCGGCUGUCCGGCACCAUACCCGCCGAGAUGGGCAACCUCAAGAACCUCAACUUCCUCGACAUGAGCGAGAACCAACUUGUCGGCCCGGUGCCUGCAGCCAUUUCGGGGUGUGCCAGCCUCGAGUUCCUCGACCUACACGCAAAUGCUCUGUCCGGCGCAUUGCCGGACACCUUGCCACGCAGUCUCCAGCUCAUUGACGUCUCCGACAACCAGCUCGCCGGGCCCUUGAGCUCCAGCAUCGGGUCAAUGCCGGAGCUGACGAAGCUGUACUUGGGAAAGAACCGCCUGACCGGCUCCGUACCCCCGGAGCUCGGUUCUUGCGAGAAGCUCCAGUUGCUGGACCUCGGCGGUAAUGCUUUCACCGGAGGCAUCCCUCCGGAGUUGGGAAUACUUCCAUCGCUGGAGAUUUCGCUGAACCUCAGCUGCAACAGGCUCUCCGGGGAGAUACCAUCACAAUUCGCCGGGCUUGACAAGCUCGGCAGCCUCGACCUGUCGCACAACGAGCUGUCCGGGGGCCUUGAGCCGCUUGCCGCGUUGCAGAACCUUGUUACGCUCAACAUCUCCUUCAAUGCCUUCUCCGGCGAGCUCCCAAACACUCCAUUCUUCCAGAAGUUGCCCCUCAGCAACCUCGCCGGCAACCGCCACCUCGUCGUCGGCGAUGGCUCUGACGAGUCAUCCCGGCGCGGUUCCAUCUCCUUAUUGAAGAUAGCCAUAUCCCUACUAGCCGCUGUCAGCGCGCUACUCCUGAUGGCCGCUACCUACAUGCUCGCCCGCACGCACCGCGGCGGCGGCGGCCGCAUCAUCCACGGAGAAGGCACGUGGGAGGUCACGCUGUACCAGAAGCUCGACAUCACCAUGGACGACGUGCUCCGCGGGCUGACGUCCGCGAACGUGAUCGGCACCGGCAGCUCGGGGAUCGUGUACAAGGUGGACACCCCGAACGGCUACACCCUCGCCGUCAAGAAGAUGUGGUCGUCGGACGCGGCGACGUCCGCCGCGUUCCGCAGCGAGAUCGCCGCGCUGGGCUCCAUCCGCCAUCGCAACAUCGUGCGGCUCCUCGGCUGGGCCGCGAACGGCGGUACCCGGCUGCUGUUCUACAGUUACCUCCCCAACGGCAGCCUCAGCGGCCUCCUCCGCGGCGGCCUCGCCAAGGGCACGCCGGCGGACGAGUGGGGGGCGCGCUACGAGGUCGCGCUCGGAAUCGCGCACGCCGUCGCGUACCUACACCACGAUUGCGUGCCGGCCAUCCUGCACGGCGACAUCAAAUCCAUGAACGUGCUGCUUGGCCCCGCGUACGAGCCAUACCUUGCCGACUUCGGCCUCGCCCGCGUCCUGUCCGCGGCGUCCUCCAAGCUCGACACCACCAAGCAUCCCCGCAUCGCCGGCUCGUAUGGCUACAUCGCGCCAGAGUACGCGUCGAUGCAGCGGAUCAGCGAGAAGAGCGACGUGUACAGCUUCGGCGUGGUGGUGCUGGAGAUCCUGACGGGACGGCACCCCUUGGACCCGACGCUGCCGGGCGGGGCGCACCUGGUGCAGUGGGUGCGCGAGCACGUGCAGGCGAAGCGCGACGCGUCCGAGCUCCUGGAUGCGCGGCUCGGGGGCAGCGCGGCUGAGGCGUACGCGGACGAGAUGCGGCAGGUGCUGUCCGUGGCCGCGCUCUGCGUGUCGCGCCGCGCGGACGACCGGCCCGCGAUGAAGGACGUCGUGGCGCUUCUUAAGGAGAUUAGGCGCCCCGCGGCGGCCGGGGAGGGCGCGAAGCAGCAGCCGUCCGCGGCGUCUGCUGCCGCGCCUGCGCCGGCCCUGGCGGCGUCACCGGUGCGGAGCGCGCACUACUCGGGGGGCCCGUCGUCGAGCUGCUCGUUCGCCGUGUCGGACUACUCCGCCUGACAGGUUGCAAAAUUUUUGCGAGUGUAGUGAGCUUAGUAAAUCUUAGCAUUUAGCACGCCGUGAACAGUUUGUUGAUCAGCUAAGGUCUCGAAAUAUGUACUGCUAGUGAUGUUGUACUUAGAUGUAUUUGGCCCUUGUACAUUAUUAACCUGAGAAUGCAAUUCUAGCCAAGAU